AUCAGCGCGCUGCUCGCUCAUUUUCUAGAUUCUCUUCUCACUCCAGUUUUCCGCUUUCUGCACUUACGAAGUUUUGGUUUUACAAAAUUAGCAGAAAAGCCGAAAACUUUGGAGUUCUCGCUCAUUUCAAUCGAUCUUUUUUGUAGUUGUUGUGCUUGUUGGGCCCGUACAAUCAUGUUGGGAAGCAGACACAUACUGCGCGCGGCGCUGCCGUUGUCGCGAACGCUGUGCACACGCAUUUCUCCGGGGAAGAUCAGGAGCCCGGGAUACGGCAUGGCUGCGGCGCGUUCCCUCACUCUGGCUUCUCAGCAGAAGAUUCUGCUUCCUCUGAUCUGUCAGCUACCGAAACGCGGCUUCCUCACCUCCGCUCCGUCCUUCGCGGAAUCCCGCCGACUGGCGCAAGUCAAAAGUGACGGAGAGAUGGCCGAGUUCCUGGCGGAGGAGAUCCAGGCGGAGAAGGAGUCCCUGAAGGCCACGGGGAAGGCGGUGCAGGUGAAGGGCUUCGAUGUGUCCACCGACGACGCCGAUGUGACGUUCAAGAAGAACUUCAACGGCGAAGAGAUCACGGUGCGCGUGAAUGUCAAUCACUCCGUGGAGGCCGAGUUCGCCGAGGACGAGCAGAAUCCCGCGCAACAACAACAGCAGCAAUCCCCCGAUGCGCCGCCCAUGACUAAGAUGGUUUGUCGACCCAACUUCUCCGUGACGGUCGUCAAAGGCGGCUACACGCUGUCCUUUGAGUGCUCGCAGCUGCGCGACGAGGAGGACGAUGAGGACCAGCAGCUGGGACGCAAUCAGCAGACCGAGGAGAACUACCAGGACAUGUUCAGCAUCGACGAGUUCUCCGUGUACAAGGGUGAACGUAAAGAUAUGACGUACGUCAUGUCCGGCGAAGUGAUGGACGGGAAUUUCUACGAUAAUCUGAUGAACAUGCUGGAUGAGCGCGGCAUCAACUCGGACUUCGUGCGCGAGCUGGUGGACUUUUGCACGCUGUACGAGCAGAAGCUGUACGUUAAUCUCCUGGAGAACCUGAUGGGCAUCGUCAAGCCCUGAGGCGGAGGGACUGUAUCCAAAUCAGCGUCUCAGCGGAUGCGUCGUCCGCCGUCGUGUAGUUUCCGCUUCGCGGCCCUUUCGUUUUCUUGUUGUAUAUACCGCGCUGGAAGUGUUGCUUGGAAUGCGCUCGCAAGAUAUUCCUUUUCUUUUUGUUUAAUGGCAUCGGCAUGAUACGCAUCAGUGGUGGUUUACGCAGCCAGUUGUUCGUCGAGAAAUUUGCCAAUUAAAAGUUCGUACAAGGA